AAAAAAGAAAAAAAAGAAGAGAGUAACCAACUCUGAAGUCUGAACUGUCCCAUUUUUCUCUCUCUUCAACUUGCCAAUCUCUUCCACACGGCGAAAUUAUUACUCAGAGGAGAGAGAAAAUUCCACUCAUUUUAACCGGAGAUUCCAAUACUUCAAUCAACGGAACCCUAAAUUAUUGUAAUCGACGGCGAAAUGUCCAUGGCGUCUUCCGGCGGAGGUAACAAUACUUCAGAAGUGAAGCUAUGGAAGCUUUGUAAAUUCUGGCAGUCAAAUACUACCAAUAAUAAUAAUCAUACUUCUUCUUCGUCUUCUUCUACUCAACAACUUCAUCAUAGUAGCCAAAAUUACCGCUCUAAUUAUGAUGCUAAUCACAUGGGGAUCGGUGGUGGUGGCGGUGGAAUUAAUGGUGUUUUGAAGCCGAAACCGACGGUGUCUUCUGUGGCGCGUUCUUUACUUCCGGCGAAACGACGUCUUCGGCUUGAUCCUGCGAACAAUUUGUACUUUCCUUAUGAACCGGGUAAACAAGUUAAGAGUGCAGUGAAGAUUAAGAACACCAGCAAAUCCCAUGUAGCUUUCAAGUUUCAAACAACUGCACCAAAAAGCUGCUACAUGCGCCCACCUGGUGGCAUCCUUGCUCCUGGAGAAAGUAUUGUAGCAACUGUCUUUAAGUUCAUGGAGCAGCCUGAGAACAACGAAAAAAUGCAAGACCUCAAGAGGAAAGUCAAAUUUAAGAUUAUGAGUCUAAAGGUGAAAGAAGAAACAGAAUAUGCACCUGAGCUGUUUGAUGAGCAAAGGGACCAGGCCACCAUAGAACGUGUAUUACUCGCCAUAUUCUUGGAUCCUGACCGUCCUAGUUCGGCAUUGGAAAAGCUGAAACGCCAAUUGGCUGAAGCUGAUGCUGCUGUUGAAACUCGGAAGAAACCUCCAGCAGAUAAUGGUCCAAAGGUGGUUGGUGAAGGUCUCGUCAUAGAUGAAUGGAAAGAGCGCAGAGAAAAAUAUCUGGCACAGCAGCAGGGCGAAGCAGUGGAUCUAUCCGUUUGAAGUGUGUAGUUUUGUGGGUAAAGUGUAAUCUUUGGUUAGAUAAUGUUUUGCAAUCCUAUACUUGGAUCGUCGUGCAAAGCAUCAUUGUGUACAGUCAAUAAUAAUUUGGCUGCUUUGUUUCCUUUUUUUUUAAUUUGUUGUUGAAAGCAUCACUUGCGAUGGAAAUCAGGGUACCUAUUCUUCUCAAUUCUCAUUGUAGAUAUUGAAUUUUGCUUUAUGAAAAAUGAUUGCUAUAUUAUGGUGGGGCUUCAAUGAAACUAUUCUUAUUUGUGGAAA